CUUCCGGACGCGGUGACGCCUGGGCAGGGCAAUCGAGGUAGAGCCCGCUGCUUUCUAGACGAACAAGCGAGCCUCUGUCGCUCUCGGGAAAUGGACUCAGAAGUCCAAGAAGAAGUUCCCGUGCAUGAGGAAUUCAUUUUAUGUUGUGGAGUUGAAACCCAGGUUCUAAAAUGUGGGCCCUGGACUGACCUCUUUAAUGGCCCAAGUGCCGACAGGCCUAAGCUGCUUAUUUUCAUUAUUACUGGUAACCCAGGUUUUUCUGCCUUUUAUAUGCCAUUUGCAAAGGCGUUGUACUCUGCAAUCAACAGACGCUUUCCAGUUUGGGUUAUCAGUCAUGCCGGGCAAGUGGUGGCCCCCAAAGACAAGAAGAUUCUGGCAACCCCAGAUGAUCCAAAUGCUCAAGAAGUCAAGGACAUCUAUGGGCUCAGUGGUCAAAUACAACACAAGAUAGCUUUCCUGAGAACUCACGUGCCCAAGGAAACCAAACUGGUGCUCAUUGGCCAUUCAAUAGGCUGCUACAUGUGCCUUCAGAUUCUGAAGCUUGCCCCUGAGAUCCCAGUAAUUCGCUCCUGUCUGCUCUUCCCAACAAUUGAGCGAAUGUCCGAGACACCCAAUGGCAGGAUCGCCACCCCACUCCUGUGCUGGCUUCGGUAUGUUCUCUAUGCUUCCAGCUACUUGCUGCUUAAACCAUGUCCAGAGAGAAUCAAGUCCUGGCUCCUCAGAAGUGCCCUUCAAAGGAUGAACUUGCAGAAUGAAUUUUCAUCCCUGAGCGUGUUGGAGCCAUUCUGCCUUGCUAAUGCUGCCUACCUCGGGGGCCAAGAAAUGAUGCAGGUGCUGGAGAGAGACAACGAAACCAUAAAGGAACAUUUACCCAAGCUUACAUUUUACUACGGCACUAUAGAUCGCUGGUGUCCACAACAGUACUACGAAGACAUAAAGAAGGACUUUCCGGAAGGAGACAUUCGGCUCUGCGAGAAGAAAAUAUGCCACGCGUUUGUCCUCAACUUUUACCAGGAAAUGGCCGACAUGGCGGCCGACUGGCUGAGGGACGACCUGGCCAAAGUAGAAGCCGUGGAGUAAGGAAAUGGGGACUGGCUGCUGGCCCAGGGGCAGUGGGUGUACCGACUCCUGGCAGGAAGUAGUAGACUUAGUGGGUAAAUGCUUCAUUUCAGCGUUUGAUAUUGGAAGUGAAAAAAAGUGAGAACCUCUUGGCCUAAAAACUAGCAGCUCCCAGCUUCCCACAGUACAGGCUGAAGUAAACACAGUUGAGGAAACAUUCCUUGUGUUUAACCACACACUUUCCACACUCAAGAGCAUAAUGACCUAGACGGGUCUCUGAUGUUUGCAAGGGAGCCCAGGGGCACCCUGCAGUUUGCUUUGGUAGGCAGGAUUCUGCAGACAAAGGAAGUCUAAAUUUGGUUGAUUUUGACUUACAUUUAUAGAAGAGGCUCUCCUGGAGGAGAUGAGGAAACAUCUGCUGGGAAUGGAAGAGAUCAGUGAAUGUUCGGUGUAUGGGCCGACACGUGAGGUGUGUAAGCUCAUGAGAAGCUCACACUCCCACUCCAGACCUUGGCAGUGGACCGGAGUCUCCCUUAGGGACAGAAGCCAAAGAUCAGCCCAAACCGCCAUUGCAGAGGUCUUGGCUGAGAUGGUCAGGAUCAGGCCGGGUCCCAAGGACAGUCUGCAGACAGACCUAUGUCACAGACCACCAAGUCAGCCUGUGUCUGGCCACCAGUGGCACAGGCCCAAGCAGAGCCCACCUCUG